AUUUAUCUCAUCGUGGCAAGGCAACCAAGAGAAAGUUGAAAAUCCAAAAAGACCUCUGACAAAAAAACGACUCAGUGGGUUACGACUCGGGACUCCAUUCGUUUGAGCUUCACUAAGUUCCAAGUCAAUGGAGUUGGCUUUUCUGUUGCUUUUCAUCGUUUUCUUUUGUGGGCACACCAAAGUUUCCGCCUCUGACAAUCUUCUUUCUCCCAAAGGCGUGAACUAUGAAGUUACUGCUUUGAUGGCUGUCAAGACUAAAAUGAGAGACGAGUUACAUGUAAUGGACGGCUGGGAUAUAAAUUCCGUGGAUCCAUGCACUUGGAACAUGGUUGGUUGCUCUACUGAAGGUUUCGUCACUUCCCUUGAAAUGACCAAUAUGGGUUUAUCUGGAACUCUUUCUCCCAGUAUUGGCAACUUAACUCACCUGAGAACAAUGCUGUUGCAUACUAAUCAGUUAAGUGGCACUAUCCCAGCUGAGAUAGGGAUGCUUUCUCAACUUCAAACACUUGACCUUUCGAGUAACCAACUUGUUGGACAAAUUCCAAGUUCUUUGGGGUUUCUUACUCAUCUAACUUACUUGAGGCUUAAUAACAACAGCUUAUCUGGUCCAAUUUCUCCACUUGUUGCCAAUCUUACAACUCUUUCGUUCUUGGACUUAUCUUUCAAUAAUCUCAGUGGUUCGACACCCAAAAUAUUAGCGAAAGGUUACAGUUUUGAAGGGAACAGCUUUCUUUGCACUUCUCCAUCUGAACAAAUUUGCAUGCAUGUUUCUAAACCAGAAAAUGGGACAAGUUUAGCUCCAAAAGCUAGUGGCCAUCGUCGAUGGGUGCUUUCUGUUGCUGUAGGCAUCAGCUGCACAUUUGUUGUUUCUGUAAUGUUGCUUGUUUGUUGGGUGCAUUGGUACAGAUCUCGUCUACUCUUUUCAUCCUACGUGCAGCAGGAUUAUGAAUUUGAUAUUGGUCAUCUAAAGAGGUUCUCAUUUCGUGAAUUACAAAUUGCUACUGGAAACUUUAGUGUGAAAAACAUUUUGGGGCAGGGAGGAUAUGGAGUAGUGUAUAAAGGAUGUCUUCCAAAUAAGACAGUGGUGGCAGUUAAGAGGUUAAAAGAUCCAAAUUUCACUGGAGAAAUGCAGUUUCAGACCGAAGUUGAGAUGAUUGGAUUAGCUUUGCAUCGGAACCUGUUACGCUUAUAUGGCUUCUGUAUGACGACUGAGGAAAGGUUGCUUGUUUAUCCUUACAUGCCAAAUGGGAGUGUUGCAGACCGCUUGAGAGAAACUGGGCAGGCAAAGCCGUCUCUGGAUUGGAACAGACGAGUGCGAAUUGCCCUUGGAACUGCCCGUGGACUUCUGUACUUGCAUGAACAAUGUAAUCCAAAAAUAAUUCACAGGGAUGUCAAAGCUGCAAAUAUUUUGCUUGAUGAAAGUUUUGAAGCUGUGGUCGGGGAUUUUGGUCUUGCCAAACUGUUGGAUCGGAGAGAUUCACAUGUUACUACUGCAGUACGAGGAACUGUGGGGCAUAUUGCUCCAGAGUAUCUUUCAACUGGACAAUCUUCUGAAAAAACUGAUAUCUUUGGUUUUGGGAUACUCCUUUUGGAACUUAUUACGGGGCAAAAGGCAUUAGAUGCUGGCAAUGGGCAGGUACAGAAGGGAAUGAUUCUUGACUGGGUUAGAACCUUAAAUGAAGAGAGGAGGCUAGAAGUACUAGUAGAUAGGGAUCUUAAGGGAUGUUUUGAUUUAAUGGAAUUGGAAAAAGCUGUAGAGUUGGCUCUACAGUGUACUCAGCCACAUCCUAAUCUCCGCCCAAAGAUGUCAGAAGUCUUGAAGGUCCUGGAAAUCCUUGUUGGGCAGGCAGGAACGGAUGAAUCACAACAAGGCGAGGCAAGAGAUUUUAGCUCCUAUAGGAAUUAUAGUGAUGUCCAUGAAGAAUCAUCAUUUAUCAUUGAAGCAAUUGAACUUUCUGGACCCCGGUAACAAAAAUCAUUUCCCUGUCUAUUUGUAAAUGAGUUUUGCAUCUGUCUUAACCUUCAGUUAUUUACAGAACUGUCUUGGUUUAGUGUGUGAAUCGAGUCUCUAUAUGAAAUUGGAAACGCGACUUCCCAUUAUUGUAUUUGUUGACAGCCUUUCCUGACAGAAAAUUUUAAGGUGCAACUUACUUUUUGUCCUCUUAGA